AUGCGUCGAAUGAGCUCCUUCAUGCAGGGACUCCGCAGAAUCUCGGGCCCCUAUUCUGCAGAGACGACCCCGUCAUUCGUCCCUGAACGCGCCUCGAAUGCUGGCCGGUUCCGCCCGGCAAUGGACAGGGACGGCUCCACGAGUUCGAGAGGAGGAAGCGGCCAACAUCGUACGAAUGAUGUUCUCGCUGCUGCGGAAUUGGACGUAUCAGCCCUGUCGUCCUCGCCAUGCGACACGCUUCCAUACGACCAUGUCAAGCUCGACGGACUAAUGAACUACCACGCCGGCCAACUGGAACGGAUUAAGCGGGAAGUCAUUGCCCAAAACGAGACCGUCGAGCAACUGACAUACACCCUCCACGACCUGCGCGGGCACGGUGACCUCGAGCACACAUCUGAGUGCUUGCACGCCAGAAUCCAGAGUUUGAGAAACUCUAGAAACCGCCUAGCGAAAUUCGUCAUGUUCCACCUAAGGGAGCUGGAAAGAAUUGACGAAGUGAAGCAAGUUAUGAGGGAGGAACAGGGACAGGAGCAUUCAGGGGUAUCCCAUCGUAUCGCGAGUGGAAUGUCAUGUUUUCACUGUGAAGCUGACGAUCCAAACAUGAAACCUCCUUUACGGUCCCAACGGCGCGAGGUUUUCAUUCAAGGCACCAUACCCAAACGACAACCUUUGUACUUUGGUUUUGUGUGGGAGGACAAAGAGAACGUGCAAGGGUCGACGUUCCCCCCCUUGGCGCGUGGCAUACGGUACUAA